CGUGCGCGUACCGGGAAAAUAUAUUUUACCGAUGAUGCAAUGGCUAGAAUUACUUAUGCAGGAGCUCGGAAAGAUAUUUUUUAACGUUAUCCGUUUAUGAUAAUUCGCUUUGAAAUAUAGUGCGACAUGAAAAUUUGCGUGCUGCAAAUCGAUAACUGUAAAUUCAAAAUGAUCGUUUGUUCUGAACUUCAGAAUAUAAUUGUAUGCACACAUAUCUAAGAAUGUUAUCUUUGUAAAUAAGGGGAACCUUGUUUAUUCUGUGCAGUUCGCCUGUAUUCCUCUUAAUCGCAUAGAGCAAAGUAUCGUUCCCACUAAAUGGUGCAUUCAGUUUAUCAGGCAAUUCAAUGUUUUCUUUUUAACUGCGGUUCAUAGCUGCACGAGAACGUAACUGUAAUAAACGUUUUGCAUGUGAAAAUAAUCUCACUCUGUUCACAACAUGUGCCCAACGUAUACGUAGUUUCGUAUUAACGUAGUUUCUAAUUUUUAAAUAAAUAUUUUGGUCGAGCCGUGUUGGUGAUUGCUUAACUGACGUACUGUAUUCGUAUGUGUGAGCGUGACAGCGGGAAUACGUUAGUGUUGAAAAUCAUAUGGCGGGCGAGCGUUUACAUUCACAGUAGCUCCGUAAUUUAUAUUAUACUUUUAUACAUGGAAAACGAAAGGAAUUUGUUAAUUCAUUCUCUGGAAGUUGUACAAGAAGUCGUCAUUAUGAUGAAGUUAAGGACUGAAGUCAAGGAAGAAAUUAACCGCUGAGAAAUAACAAAAAUCAUCCAUCAAGCAUAUUUGGUUAGAAACAAGGUCCCCAUACUGUGUAUAGAAGGGUAUGAGAGAUUUUGGAGUAGAGGUAUUUAAAUAGAAUUAACAAAAUGGUAAGCAAAUUACCACAGGAAUUUAGGAGGUAUCAUCGCAAUCGAAAUCAAUUGAGACAUAUCCUCAAAGAAACCGAACAUGCACUGGAACUGAUAAGUGCUGAGAAUUUUUUUCCUGGAGAAAAUAUUAUUGAGGAAUUAUUGCCUCCAUUGACAUUAGAUAACGUUAAACACAUAAUAUUUAAUUCACCUGCCAUUGUUAUUUUUGGACAAGACAAUAAAGCAAAGGCAACGUUAGUUAAUAGCUUACUUUCUAGUGAUAUUUUACCAGUAUCUGAUGGACCGUGGCGAUGGAUAAAAAUAACUUAUGAUGUGGUAAAGAACAUUAGUCUUACGUUAGGUUUAGAAUAUGAAGUAGUUAAUAUUUUACAAGCAAAUGAGGAACCGUGGAGUACUCUUCCAAUUGAAGAUUUAACAAAGUCUGGUUCUGAAGACAUAAAUUGUCCAACUGUACUCGAAGUUAAGAUAGAUCAGCCCAUAUUAAAAGAUGGGGUUCAAAUAUUUAUUGCUCCAAAUACUGGAGCGGUCAAGAUUUUGGCCAAGGGAAUGUUGCAUGUACUACCGAUAUUUCUUUAUGCUCUUGGGGAACACCCUUUAACAGAGCAAAACUUGGAAGAAUUAAGAGAUUUGAAAGAAACAUAUCCGUUCAAUCCUGUACUUUUUAUAUCAUCACUGGGAAAUAUAACAUUGAAUAGCAUUGACGCUGAACUGACUGAAUCUGAACAACAUAGACUGCAAAAUCGAUUUAGUUCCAUUGAUUCUACGAACAAAACUGAUAAUGACGACGGUAUUGACUUUGACAAAAUGAAUUCACUGGGUAUAACAUGGCUGGAACAACUGACCAAUUUAGGCUUCCUUGGUAUGGAAGAAUCCGUUGAAGUUGAUCAGCUAUCUUGGCUUGGCGGUGGACAUUAUGUUUGUGGUAGUGACUUGGUGGAUUCAUGCAAGAAAACAGACAGAAUUUUAUAUUUUGUACGUGGAUGUUUGCAAACCUACCUUAUUAAAGCCAGCACCUACUUAAACGAAGUACACUCAACAAGUCUAAGAAAAUUUAUACUGAGUGCAUUCGACAUGGCCCGAACAAUUCAAAUAACUCCAAGGAGGAUACAGUAUGCACAGAUGAAAGAGAACAAAUUGUAUGCCAGUUUAAUGAACAUUGUUAAUGAAAACCAAGAAGAGCUGACUGAGUUGAUACAAGCCAUUAUACAGGAAAUGAAGAAUGAUGUUUUAUUAUCAGAGAAUGAUGUAUAUCCAUAUCCAAACACCCACUUUAAUAACACGGAAAGAGCGGAAUGGUCAGCGACCGUAAGAGCCGCAACGUCCGAAGUCCAAAGGGUAGUGCUCGGCCGGUUAGGUGAAAAAGUCGCGAAUCAACUUGUGAAUUCUGUCAAAUGUCUAAGAGAAACAUUCCUGGGGACUUUGCAGCGUUGUCUGUUAAGUCUCGAAAGAACGUACGAUCGCGACUCGUCUUUGCUAGCUAGCGAUGCAUUAAAACAGAUACUUUCAUCCGCGUACAACGUCGAGUUACAUAAUUCUUCGCCGUCCUUAAUACACUCAUUCCUAGAAAGAUUAAGACAAUUAUUUAAGUCAUUACCUUUACCAUGGACACCAACGCCAACCUUAGAUGCAGCAUGGAGGAAAAAGGUGACCAUCGAUGUAUUAAAUUCGUUAUCGGCAGCGAGGCUAGCUAGAACAAUAUCCAUGCAAUUCAGAGACAAACUCAAGGCGUCCCAUGACUCGUUUCAAGCAGCUCUCAGGUCUUUAGAUAAUUAUUAUUCCGGGAAAUUAGAAAGAACGGAAGAGCAAAGAAUAGCUAUCAGAAAGGUCCAUGCUCCUAGGCUAGCGAAACUAGCUUUAGAGUCGACAUCGAUGAUAGACGCCGUCCGCUAUGGAAUGCCUCAUUGUGGCAAAGAAAUAGGCAGAGGACAAUAUGGAGUAGUAUUCGCCUGUGAUGGCUGGGGUGGUGCACCUGGACCUUGCGCAGUGAAAUCAGUGGUACCCCCAGAUGAAAGGCAUUGGAAUGAUCUUGCCAUGGAGUUCUAUUAUACCAGAUCCAUUCCAGAUCAUAAGAGGAUAGUAAAACUUCGUGGAUCGUUCAUUGAUCAAUCAUAUGGCGGAGGAUUCGGUCUUGGUUCCGCAGUUCUUUUAAUAUCCGAUCGCCUAAGCCGCGAUUUGUAUUGCGGGAUUCGCGCCGGUUUAUCCUGGCUGGAACGUAUACAAAUCGCAAUAGACGUGUUGGAGGGAAUACGUUAUCUUCAUUCGCAAGGACUCGUUCAUCGCGACAUUAAGUUGAAGAACGUUCUCCUCGACACAGAGAACAGAGCUAAGUUAACGGAUCUAGGGUUUUGCAUCACGGAAGCCAUGAUGUCUGGCAGCGUUGUUGGAACACCCGUUCAUAUGGCACCAGAACUAUUGUCCGGUCAUUACGACAGUAGUGUCGACGUGUACGCAUUUGGAAUUUUGUUUUGGUACAUAUGUGCUGGUCAUGUGAGAUUACCAUAUGCUUUCGAACAGUUCCACAAUAAAGAGCAAUUGUGGACUAGCGUCAAGAAAGGUAUACGUCCUGAACGAUUGCCUUCUUUCGAUGAUGAGUGUUGGACGUUAAUGGAACAAUGCUGGGCUGGGGAACCAUACAGGAGACCUCUACUCGGUGCAAUAUUACCGGUCUUAGAAUCGGUUCAGCGAAAAGCGGAAAGAGAUGACAGAUUCUUCGAUUCAGAACCCACAUGAAUCUCCAAAUGGAAAUUAAAAGGGUGUUAACAAUUUUUAAAUGAUUUCACAUUUCACCAGAAAUAUUUCGAUUUUAUUGUACAAUUGGACAUAUAACAUAUCUUCUUGAUUACUAACAGCUAUCAAGAAAAUAACUAAUUUUUAUAUAAUAGGAGGUAUGGUAAUCUCUUAAGGUAUGAAAUACUAUAUGAACAGAGACUAUAAUUUAUUAGAGCUCUUAUCUACUCCUAUAUGUAUAAAUUUAUAAUUAUAUUUUACUACGUAACUUUUAUACCAUAAAAGUUUUAUUUUCUUAUGAACUAGUCAAACUACCCUUGUAAGUAUUUGUAGUUUAUAAAAUUGUCAAUUACCAUGAUAAACUGUUAUUACUUAAUGUAAUUGUGUAAUUACAUUAUUAUAAUUUUAUUUUUAUACACACAAAUGUAUACAAAUAUAUCGAAAAAUAACAUAUUUAUUAAUCAGAAACUUAACUGAUAAUAAUUAUACAAUCAACGAUAUUUAUUUAAAGUAACAAAUCAAGAUCUGACUUAGCUUUUUCUAGAUCAUGUAAAAAUUUGUAAAAUUCACUUAUUGUCAUUUCUACAAAGACAUUAUUAGUUUUACCAUCUUCUUCCAAAUCUAACUUAAGUUGUAGAAAUGAUUUUCCAAUGUUAUCAGAUUCAUUGCUAGCUGCAGUGACUGUAACAAUUAUAUAUUUAUAUAGUACAAAUCCAUACUAUAUUAAAAAGACUAUAACAAAAUUGUAUAGUCAAAAUAUCGCGUAUAUUUAUAUUUAAUACCAACAAAAAGAUGUUAC